ACAAUUUUACAGGGACAAUACCAGAAACAUUUGGAAAUUUAAAGAACUUAACCGAUUUUAGGAUAGAUGGUAGCAGAAUAUCAGGAAGGAUACCUAGUUUCAUUGGGAACUGGACCAAUCUUGGAAGGCUGGAUAUGCAAGGCACAUCCAUGGAGGGCCCUAUUCCUUCAACCAUAUCACUUUUGAGAAACUUAACUGAAUUGAGGAUUUCGGAUUUGAGCGGAUCAAGCUCAAGUUUCCCGGAUUUGCAGGACUUGAAUCUUUUGAAAAUAUUGAUAUUGAGGAAUUGCUUAAUUAGUGAUGAAAUUCCGUCCUACAUUGGAGAUUUGACAAGCUUGAAAACAUUAGACCUGAGUUUCAACAAAAUUACCGGUCAAAUUCCGCAGACAAUGCAGAGUAUCACUAAAAAUCUAGACUUCGUGUUUUUCACCAACAACUCGCUGACCGGAGAAGUACCAGAUUGGAUCAUGAAUACACAAAAUAAAUUUGAUUUGUCUUACAACAAUUUCACGAGGUCAUCUCAACUUAGUUGCUCGAGUUUGUCUGUGAAUCUAGUUUCUAGUUACUCAUCUUCAGAGGGCCAGUCAUGGUGCUUGAAGAAGGAUCUCCCUUGCUCCGGAAAACCACAACAUCAUUCUUUGUUUAUCAAUUGUGGAGGGACGAAAUUGGAACAUGACGGCAAUGAAUACGAGGAGGACCUAACCGAUGGGGGCGCUGCGCACUUCGUUUCUUCAGCAGAAAAAUGGGCAUAUAGUAGUACAGGGGUUUACAUGGGAAAAUCUGAUGCACCAUACAGAGCAACUUUUGCAAAUGAGACUAAACCGCAGUUUUAUCAAUCAGCCCGCCUUUCCCCUCUAUCACUCAAGUAUUAUGGCCUUUGCUUGCGUGAGGGCAGUUACAAAGUGCAGCUUCACUUUGCUGAAAUCAUGUAUUCUGAUAACCAGACAUUUACUAGUCUUGGCAGGCGCAUAUUCGAUGUCUCAAUUCAA